AUGAAGACGUCCCUCGUGCUUGCGGCGGCCCAUGUCGCGGGGCUCGUGUCUGCCAACGCCGUCAACUUGCUCGUCCCGAGGAACGUCAUGGUUGUGAAGGACAAUUCGAUAAAGAUGGCGAUGUGCCCGUCUUGUUGCCGAGAUACGGUGCACCAGACGACCAUCAAGGAAACCUACUAUGUUACGGAAACGGAAACUUUCUAUACAACCGCCAUAGAGCACGACGUAUCUACAGAGAUCCAGCACACGACCGAGUUUGUGACCAAGACGUCAGUGUCUACAUUCACCACCUCCUAUCCCGUGACAGUUACCCAAAAGAUCAACUGCACCAAGAAACCACCUGUAUCGCCUACGACGACCGGCUACAAGGGAAAGCGAACACCCCCCGAGGAACCGGCCCCUGAAUGUGAGACUGUAACAACCACGGAAUGGAAGACUGAAACGUCCACAACGACGGUUCUUGUCCCUACUGUGUCACUCGUGCCCACGACAGUGACAGGUACUAAGACGGUGACGGAUAUCCGGAACCAGACAAUCACCCAGUGGGUACCAACGACAUACACGGCUACCAUCACACGGACAUCAAUGUAUCCGGUCACCGUGACCUCUGAGCAUGAUGUGACGGUAACGAGUAAGGUAACCACCACCGAGACCAUCGUCACCACCAUCACCACCAGCUAUCCCGUCGUCUCAUACACAACCGUGACGCAGCCCGCUAGUACCGUGACGCAGCCCGCGAGCACCGUGUCGCAGCCAGGCAGUACCGUGACGCAGCCAGGCAGUACCGUGACGCAGCCAGGCAGUACUGUAACGCAGCCAGGCGGUACCGUAACGCAGCCGGUCAGUACCGUGACGCAGCCGGCCAGCACCGUGACGCAGCCGGCCAGCACCGUGACUCAACCCGCUAGUACUGUCACAGCGAAGCCUUCAACCACCUCCGUGACGGUUUGUCCUCAGCCGACCGGGCUGUACGCGCCGCUGGACCCGAAGUCUAACCUCACCUUUGGUUGCAGACCCGGCACUGUCUGCUCGCCGCAAAUGCCCGAUGGGUGCAACAUGUGGUCCGGCCCGCCGUCCGACGACUUCCGGUGCUUCCCCAGGGACUGCAUAGCCACGCCUCCCUUCACCCUGGUCCAUUGGAAGCCCUUUGGCCCAAAGUAUUACCCACCGCCGAAGGGAUACUUUAUGCUGGACCCAAUCGAGUUCAACCUCACGCGCGAAGUGUUUACGAACCCACAAUACGGCGCCAAGCCUAGCAACAAUACCGGUGGCUACCCCGAUGGCAGCAAGACCGAUGGCGAUUUUGAUAGCGAUCCCGAUGGUGGUGCCGGUGCCGGUACUGGCUCCGGACCUGGCAACAACGCACUAAGGAAAAGGCUUCUCGGGGGGCUGUGCUUCGACGUGUGCAGCAACGCGAACGUGGCCGCCGAAGCAGCAGGCAAGACAGAUGAGCUAUGUCGGACAGGGUCGAAAUUUCAGCUCGAGCUGGCGCUGUGUCAGCAAUGCGUCAAUGCGCAAGGCAAGAUGGGGCUUGAGGGCUACCUAAGCUUAAACUUUAAGCAGUAUCUCGAAUUUUGCAACGGCAGCCCCUCGAAGCCGGUGAAUAGAACGACGGUCGUCCCGCCGGGUGGAAGCAGCUCGCCACCGGGCCCAGAGUCCGCAGUUGCGCCGCAGAAGACGACCACGCAGCUCGGCGCGAGCUCGGGAACCUUUAACCCGCCGUCUAGCACCACCUCGCAGGCGCCGGCGGCGCAAACCCAGCCACCGAGCACGACGCGAGGCCAGCCGUCGGACGUGACGGGCAAGUCGGACGCGACGGGCAAGUCGGACGCGACGGGCAAGUCGGACGCCUCGGCCAAGGCUAGUGGUGCUUCCUCGGCCGAACCGGGCCAGCAUACGACAUCUGCUGGCUCUGAGCCGAAUCAGGAUACGCGCACUGGUGCCGGCAGCUCCGCAGGUGCCAGCAAAUCCGCAAGUGCCAGCAAAUCCGCAGGUGCCGGCAGCUCUGCAGGUGCCGGCAGCUCUACAGGUGCUGGCAGCUCUACAGGUGCCGGCAGCUCUACAGGUGCCGGUAGCUCUGCAGGCCGCAAGACUACUUCCGUCGCCAUCACGGCCACGGCUACACCGGGCGCGACGACGCCGGCCGUGAUUGUCGUCGGCGGCGCCUCUAUCCGCUUCGGCCUAGGCAGUGUAUUCCGAGCAUCAAUUUCAGCCAUGAUUGUUGCUCUUCUUAUUUAG